GCUGGAAGGCCAUAAGCUCUUCAAAAGCAUUGUUCAUCAACCUGGAAAGACGGAGCGAGACAUCUGAGCAAGCUGUCGUUUUGAGCUUCAACACAAGUCGAUGAGGAAAAAGGACCGGGACAAAGUCAAAUCCUUUGAAGUUUCAUGGAAUGCAUAAAACCAUCCACACGGCGUGACAUUCUCGAGCUGUGGAACUUCUGUGGGGGGGGGGCGACUCUACAUGAAACGUGUUUCUCCUCUUCUUGCAAAGACGGACAACUGCCGGGAGGACGGUUGCCAUCCACAUAUUCAGGUGCGCUGAGCUCAUCUGAUUUGGUUUAUCGUAGCAAAAUCGACUGUUUUGAACAGCUUCCUAUUUACUACCGGUACAUGUUGCGCAUAGUUUUUUAGUCACUUAACCUGUGCAUGUCAAAUGUUUGAAUAGCCAUCAAGUGUAGAAAGCAGGAAUUAGACUUGCCCCCUGAUAUGGCUGUGGCUCCUUUCUUUCUACGCUGUAUAUUUACCCUACUGACGCAGUAGAUGACAUUGUUUUGUGCAUAUCUGUUCGUGAUAGUUACUGGUUUAACUGCAUAUUUCCUUUCCCGAAGAGACUUGGGAAGGAAUGUCACUGCAAUCGUCGUCACCUUCAAUUGUUGUCUUUCAUCUGCAAGAUCCAGCGAUGUCGGGAGAGUUUCUUCAGCGAAUCGGCACCUUCAUCUCAAGCGCAAAGCAGAUCGGCCGGCUCCCCCGACUUUGUGACCUCGUAUCUUCCUCCUUGCCGGUGCCGAGCCCCACUGUCCUUUCCGGUCAAGUCCCCAGCUUGUUUCGGGAACCUUACAUCUUGUCGGGAUACCGCCCGGUCCAUCAGAAGUGGCACUGUUACCUCUUCAGCCUCUUCCAGAGACACAACGAAUCCCUUAAUGUUUGGACCCACUUGCUGGCGGCUGUUGUGCUCCUGCAACGCUGGUGGGCUAAAAUCGGAGCCAUGGGGUACACCUUUACGGCAGCCUCUCUGCCUUUAGGCCUCUUUGUUGUGUCUUCCCUGACCUAUUUGUUCUUCAGUGCAGCAGCUCAUCUCUUUCAGUCUCACUCUGAGCAUGCGCACUAUUUUUUGUUCUUCAUGGACUACGUGGGUGUGGCUGUUUAUCAGUACGGAUGUUCCCUCGGACAUUAUUUUUAUGUAUCUGAGCCGGCAUGGAGAGACAGCUGCUUUGGCUCCCUGUUCCUGCCCGGCGCUGCUUUCUUGGGCUGGCUUUCCUGCGCCGGCUGCUGUUUCGCCAAGUCCAGAUAUCGGCGGCCGUAUCCUAUCGGUCGUAAAAUUUGUCAGCUGAUCCCCGCCACCCUGGCCUAUCUACUGGACAUCAGUCCUGUGGUUCACCGGCUUUCAACGGCGUCCUGGCUGGAGGAGCCCUCACUGCCCUUCCACGCCCUCCAGAUCGCGUUUUUACUUUUGAGCGUUGUCUUCUUCUCCUGCCCCAUACCCGAACGCUUCUUCCCAGGCCGCUGUGAUUUUCUCGGCCAAGGUCACCAAAUCUUUCAUCUGCUUCUGUCCCUGUGCACCCUGUUUCAGCUGGAGGCUCUCUUCUGGGACUAUGUCGGGCGGAGGGAUACGUUGGUGGAGACAUUUGGAGAAAGCCAGCUGUGGUGUGCAAGUAUAUCCUUCCCCGCCCUGUUCCUGUUUUGCAUUUUGACAGCACUUGUAACAAUGAGGCACAAACAGAAACAACUACGGGGUCAAAAACGGAGAGAGAAUUAAGAGAACGGUGUGUAUAAAUAGUCAUAUAAUCUUAAAAAACAGCAAUGAAAUGUAAAAUAAAUGUGAUUUAUUACAAAAGACGAGUCAAGGUUAUUUUUUCAAUAUGCAAAAAAGGUGACAUCUUAUUCAAGCAAGAAAUAUUUGGCACAGUUGCGGAACACUCGCCAAAAUUUUCCUCAAUGAAUCAUUGCUGUCACUGCUGCUGCUGAAGGAAUCUGAGCUGAGCGAGUUGCUGAGUGACUUUGCUGCUCUAUAAAAGGCAUACAUUUUUUUGACAUUUAAAAGAAUUCAUCAGCUUAUCCUGUUUACAUUUUUUUUGCUUGUUCGCGUGCGGAAAAAAUAGCGUAAUUUUAUUGCGACUUGUAUGUUGACUUGAUAUUAUUUCGGAAAUUGAUGAAAGGCAUCAUGUUCAACACAAUGGGAAAGUAAAGGGGGAGUGCGCUGCAGUGGGUGUGAGAUGAUACCUUGUGGAUGGUGUGUGAGGAAAAGUAUGAAACUGAGGAUUCAGCGGGAGUCUUAUGUGAACUCCUUCAGCUUCUGCUUGAAGACAGUCUGCGAGCUAACGGCUGUAGGUUUGAAAUGGAAAGCACUGCGCUAUUUUGACAUGCUUUCAUAACAACCUCCCCGAGGCUUAUCGGAGACUGUGGACCGGCCGAAUGAGGCUCGUCAGCCAAAAUGCCGCAGGUCUGUUUUUGACCCAGCCUCUCUAUUAAGCGGUGCGGACAAGCUGGCUUCUCUGUCUCCUUAUUAGAGUCAUUCACAGAACAAUACUGCUAUACGUUAGAAAAAAAACGACAACAACAUGACUAAAGCAAAAAUUUUUCAAUGCCUUACUUCUCGUAUUGGGUUUGUUUCUUUCAAUGAAAGUCAAAUUGUGUCAAAGUCAAAGUGUUUGAUUUGCACACGCAAUGUUCUUAGCUAUGGCAAAAUGUCAACUCUCGGUGGGAUUUUGUAAAUAGCCGACGUUAUAACCCCCCAGUGAGAGUACAAUGCAGUUCACUGUUGACUUAAGUCUUCUUGCUUUAGCUUGGCGCACCUCAAACACGCAAGGGCGUGUCUGUCUGUACCAGCAAGAGGCUCAUUAUCCUAUCCUAUGACUCCACCAAUGAACAAUGCUGAAGGUUCUGCUUCGGAGUCAAAUCAUACUUCACUCAAGGAAGGGUAUGCCUUCCUGAUGGAAGUAUCCCUCGGUUGUUUUGAGUGAGCGCGAGGCCUGAGUGUGACAUUGAUCUAGCAGGGGCUCCACCGAGCAGCAUAGGUGUCCAUUUCGAGGCCAGAUCUGACCCAUGACAUCAUGGUCCUAUAUGCCAAAGCAUAUUAUGAGGGUAACCAUAGCAACAAUGUGGCCCGUGACAAAAAAUGAGCGAGGUCCAGCACGCUAUGCGCCCCAAGAAUGUGCCCAAUUAUCACUACAUAGCUGAGCAGGUGUUGGGAGUGAUGAUAAGAUUCAUUCAUUCAUUCAUUCGUUUCCGAGCCGCCUGAUCCUCACUAGGGUCGCGGGGGGUGCUGGAGCCUAUCCCAGCUGUCUUCGGGCAACCUGAACUGGUUGCCAGCCAAUCGCAGGGCACACAGAAACGAACAACCAUCCACGCUCAGAAUCACACCUAGGGACAAUUUAGAGUGUUCAAUCAGCCUGCCACGCAUGUUUUUGGAAUGUGGGAGGAAACCGGAGCACCCGGAGAAAACCCACGCCGGCCCGAGGAGAACAUGCAAACUCCACACAGGGAGGCCGGAGCUGGAAUCGAACCCGGUACCUCUGCACUGUGAAGCCGACGUGCUAACCACUGGACUACCGGGCCGCCCUGAUAAUAAGAUAAGAUAAGAUAAGAUAUCUUUUAUUCGUCCCACAAUGGGGAAAUUUAAUUAUGCUGCCUGUAAUCAACCAACGAUUUCCUGGGUUGCUGGGAAUUUAAUUGCAAUUGUGUACAAAAGUAACAUAGAGUGUCGUACAGUCCCAUAUGGAUUGAAUAAUUCUGUAUCAUAUAUUUAAUGAUAUGCAAUAUCGCACCAUUUAAAUGCCAGGGUGAACCGCAGUGCUUGGAAUGCGCGCGCAAGCUGGUAUGUUGCAGGUGCAGAGGCGUUGCUCUCCGCUGGCGUACGAGCACAAUGGGCUGGUUAUCAGCUCCCCGAGCACCUCCUUGAAGACAGGCAGGACACCAAUGAAAAGGAAUCCCUCCUCCAAGGACCUGCCCGUCGCGGCGCGCAAGAUUGUGACAAGAGCUGAAUGACUUAGCAGCAGUUGGUGACACGCAAGUCAAGCAGCACACACAGAGCGCCUCCUCCGCCAUGGCUCCGAUCGCAUUGGUCGAUAUGAUGUCUUCUUUUUCGUCUGCCGAAGUGGGCAUCAUCGGCCUCGUCAUCUUCCUCAUCCUCAGCAUUAGUUUGGUCGCCCUCUGCAAUGACUGCCAGAAGGGCUCCGGCAACGCGUACAACGUGAACAACGGAGCCACGACGGAUGGCAGAGGUAAGUUAUCUCAUGCAAUCCAACUUUUUCCUCAAUGAGAUCAACUUUUUAACUUGCUCACAUUCUCUUGCCAAUUUCCAGACUCAAACUAUCCAACAUGGAGGAACCAUAAAAACAUGCCUAAAAGUACUCUGGAACGAUCGGCCAACGCAGCCCACUAAAGCCCCCGCUUUUGCGAUGCUCCGCCAUGUUGUUGAAAGCGGCACCGGUUUUUAAGGGACAGAAAUGAGGACAAAUUAACCGUGAAUGUUCCUUCGAAAUGAAAUCCAGUUUUCCCACUGUUGGCUCGGUCCCAAAUGGACAAAUGGAGACGGGGAAGGGGGUGGGAGGCAGGUCACGGGGCGGCUUCAACUUACUGUCAGGCCUUUCAUUUUAUGGCACAAAACACUCUCAAAUCGAAUGUCGCAUCAAAUAAUAUCCAAAUUGUGGACAGAUUUAGAUCGUAACCUGACCCAAAGUAGGUCAAUGUUCCUGUUGUUGACUACUCAGUUGGUUAUGAGUUAAAAUAAUAAUAAUAAUAAUAAAAGCGCAAAUUGAAACAACACUUUUGGAUGUGUGCUGCAUUGUGAAUUAGGAAACGAAAAAUGCAUCACAGAAAGACAUUUGAGUUAAGUGCAGUCACGCUUCAUCAGUUUGCCAGGUGGCACACCAUUUUUAAUUGAGACGCUCACCUGAGGGUGAAAUGGAUUUUACAGUGACCUACCAAAAGAAAUAUUUUUUAAACAAGAUUAAAAUUAACAUUUAUAGCAGUGGUUAAUCCACGAGAUAAUCUCCCAGGAAACUCAUUUGUCGCCAUUUUUUUUUUUUUUUGUCAGGAAGCUUUUUUGUUGUUUUUUUUUGUUUCACAUUUUCUGUACCUUUUAUUAUUUUUUUUAUUUUUGUGUGUAUGUGUGUGUGGAAAAACAACAACCAAUUACUUGUAAUGUGAGGAAACAAAUCAAAUAGCGUUUCUAAAACGGUGCCUCAAAAUUGAUGACUAAAAAGAUUUGCGCUAUAGGGGAUCUGGUCGUGCAUUUAAAACAAUCCUGCAAAAAAAAAUUUUGUUUGUUAUUGUUCUGCUAACCAUAGAGUAAGUUGUUUUUGGAUAUGUUAUACAUGUGUUCCUUUGUCUUCAGAGGGAGGUCGUUUAAAUCUUCGGUGCUGCUUUGCUUUCUUUUGAUGGAUAUACAGCCGUUUGCAUUUGUAAUCUUUUUUUUUUUUUUUAAUCUUUUCUCAAAUAUUAUAAUAAAUCCUAAUUUGAUAUUCCUA